AUGAAGCUUUGGGAGGCAUUGGGAGAUGCUUCGCAGAGUAGACAUGUGCUGAGCCCAGUUCCAGUCAACGAGAUAACGAAAAACUCAAAAUGUGAGGACUACGAGGAUCGCCAGAUGAAUGAACUUCCCAAACCUAAGCGGGACACUGAUACAAUAGAGAGCGAUUCGGAAAAUCGAAAAAAGACCGUCGAGAAAGCAAGUCCAAAGCAGACGAAGAAGAGAACUUUUACUCGUCCCUCGGGGCAAAAGAAAGAACAAGAGAGAAUAAGAUCAAAGUGUCAGCUUGGUGAGAACAAUGCCAAGAAGUACUUGUCCUCUUCUAGACCGGAGCCCAAAGAAAAAUCUGAACAGAAGAACAUUUUUGCAUUUGACGACUGUGAAAAGCGAAUAGAAGGUUCAGAUUUUGCUGCCAAUGGCUGUUUACCAGCAUCUGCUCAGAAGAAAAUUAAUAUAAAAGGUUCGAGAGGAGAACUGCGGAAGAUAUCAUUCCCUAGCAGAUCAGACUCUAGGAAGAGCUUGCGCAGCGACAAGAGUUUGCAGACCACUGACAAAAAACAAGUGGCGCCACCUCCAACAAAUGAAGAAAACCGAAGUACAGCGCUAGAAAACCGAAAAAUUCACCGUGAGGUCAAAGAGAACAGUUCGCGACAGGCAAAUUCAUUCUCAGUAAAGUUUGUCCAUCUUUCAGCAAGUUCUCAUGCAGGAAACGUAAGCAAUUCAUCACUGAUGAGUGGGUCCGAAACACGAAAAUUUGACACUCCAUCGCCAGCGAGGGAACCUAAAGGAUCACAGGGCAGGCCUUUUCCGAUCGAUGGAUAUCCGCCCGAAAAAGUUGGCAGUCAAUCGUUGACGAGAGAAACAAAACCAUUGGAUCAAGCCGUCAGCCCGACAUUUGCGGUAAGUAUGACUCCUCCAUUUCAAAAAAGAGAAUCGAUGGAAGGUGGGUACCUCAGUCCUACAUUAUCGGAGAUGAAUUCAGCCAGUAGCUCCAAAUCUCCGCUGACCACCCCAAAGGCAUGUUCUUCCAGAUCAGAUUCACAGCAGCAAGAGUCCUUGGUAAUCUUAUGCUUCUAUUUUUCACUCGUCGAAGGUUCAUUAUGGGUAUUUUUUUUCAGUGGUAUAAAUCUUCCGGUGAUUGUUUGCUCAGGACGGUGCCAGAGCUCUUCAGCCGUCGCCAAACGGAGAGUCACAGGGUCUGAGAGAUGAUAUAUUAGAGGAGUGUUUUUCUCCAUCUCAGGUGCGGCGGCUGUCAGGCGAAGGCUUUAUGGCAGACGAGUCUGCCCGCAAAGGUUAGGAAACACUUUUCGUCUUCCUCAUGCCAUGUUGGUUUUAGGUUGACAAAACAUGUUUCUUUCGCCACCGCACAUAAUACGUCAUAACCCUUACUCUGUCUGAAAGAAAGGUAGAGGCAUAUGAAGGUCAUGUGUUGAGACUGGCGAACGAUCCCUGACUGAAAACAUGCGAAGGAGAAGGUCAAUUAUGUUGUUGAAACUUUGGAUUAUGCUUCCCUCGGCCGAAAGUUUUCCUUUUUCCUAGUGGCGCUUCCUGCCCGUGAAUAACAAGAGAUUCUAAUGUUUUUUGUGUUCAUUUUUAGGUAUGCAAUUCCUCACAUAGACAACAAGCGUAGGGCAUUCCACAUUUUAGCUCGGAUUCUGAUCCUUUAGGUUAUCUCCGGGCUUUCCGGAAGUUGAAAACAGACACGAAAUCCUCCGAAAUGAAAGAGAAAGCGAGGGCGUAUAAUCUUGGUACCAACCCAGAGCUGUAUAGGACACUCUUAGUGCUUCCUAAUGUUGGUAGUCGACUCGUCUGACACAGCAUUCCGCAGUGUUCCCGCAUUUAUUUUUGAGAUUUCACCGUUUUUCACUGAUAGCUGAAACAGGUUUAAGAAGUAAUAUUCUCUUGUACAUUGCUUCAGACGCUGUUAGCGUUUCCAUUAUUCGCAUGAAUGCCGCAUUAAAAAUUCGACAAGGUGGACACCAGCUUCAUUGUUUCUUUCUUCCUUUUCGAUGGUCCUACGCUCCCUCCGUUUUUAACCUCCCCGUUAGGGUGGUAGCUACAGCACGCUUUGGUAGGGUCCUAUAGUAAGGCCAAUGUAGGCGCCAAAUCAUAGCUGACCAUUUUAAGAACUCGGUAGGACGGGCCCGAAGAAGAUCCAAGAAACUGAAAUGCUAAUUCUCGAUGCAGGCGCUGUCUCUUCUGCGGAAGUGGUGUAUUUUAAUCCAUUUCCGCGUGUGUUGUUCCUCGGUUGAUUUUCUUAUUCAUGAUGAUUCCUUUUACUAGAUCGAUAAGGGAUGAUGUGGACCGAACAAGCUUGUAUUGCACAAUUAUCUCACGAUGUUUAUUAAAACGUGCACGCUUCAUGCCUGUUUUGCUCAUAUUUUAUGCGUGCCACUUUGCCCACUUAAAUAUAUAGAAGUUACCGACUACAUUCAUCUUCUCAGAAGAAUCUUUUCGAUUUCACUAGCGCAAUUGAAUGCGACUGGAGAAAGGGAAAUCUGCAUGCACUUGCUUCCUCGGUGUCGAAGAGGGGCUGAGCCAAAUACACCUUCCUUCUUCUUCAUUUUUUGUUAAUAAACCAUGCACACAGGUUUCAGACAAGCCCAUGGAUGGUGUUCCAGAGCAAGCAGCCCCAGUGAGUCUCCGCUGCCUCUCCAUCGCAGCAAGAGGCUCCGCAGCCUCGAGGAGACGGGAGGAGCCCACCAGCCCGAACCAUCGUCAACGCUUCCCUUCGACGUCUCCAGUAAUUUGACCGAAACUUGUUACUCCACGUUUCUUGACAUCUCCAUACUCUGUAAGCUUGAUCUUUCCCGCUGACCAUCCUCAGCCGUUCCGAUUCCUCAGGAAGUGGGGAGACCAUCAGCUCCUCCCCCGGCUUUCUGAACGUGUCUCCCGAUGACAACCUGGGCAGGUCGCUGACCGAUCUCUGCUUCUGUUCCCUCCGCCGCCGGGACUAUUUUGACCCCACCUUACCUGUCGUCUCCCCAGGGCCAUUGGUCAACUGGCACUCGUCCUGGACAGGUUCAAAGGCAAGAUAAGAUCGUAUACAUCCAAGAAAGGCUCCGAGAUCCUCUCCGCCGCCAGGGAAGGCGUUCGGCUGCGGCUGCGGGAGGUCGAGAACCUGAUUCAGGCGGACGCGUAAGCUUUCUCCCUUUGCAUCUACAUGCAGACACCACGGUCCUCUGCGUUCCAUACGAACCCGGGGGAAGUUGACCAUCUCCCCCGCUGCCCUCCCUACCUGCAGAGAGAAGCUCGCCAGCCACGGCAAGUCCAAGAGGAAGCGACUUGAGUCAACGUUCCUGGGUCUGUGUUUCUUUCCAGUCACACUUCGAAACAUGUGGCGUUCACUUGACUGAAAGCUCUCCUUUUUUUUUUUUUCCCUUUUUUGCUGGUUUUUCUGCAUCUUCCACAGAGCAACAGGAGAAGCUGAAAGUGGUGUACGUUCGGUUCAGGGAGGAGGUCGACCGGCACCUGGUCGACUGCCGGGGCAGCCUGGAGGACCUGGAAGCGUACGAGGAGGAGCUCAAAGGGAAUAUCGACCGCCAGAGUACGCCUCUUUCUCUCUCUCUCUCUCUCUCUCUCUUCCUCUUCUUCCUCCUCUUCUUCACCAUCCUCCUCCCUUCGGCCAUCAUGGCCACCCAUCAGAGGGCCACUACCUGUUCGACUGCGUGCUCCAUAAACGAUGGGGAUGGGGAUGGGGAUGAUGGGGACGGAGAUGGGGACGGAGAUAGGGAUGGGGAUGGAUGUUCACCCCCCUUGCUCCGACCGUCCUGGAGGCAGUAGAUUUGGGCACCACGUGUCGACACACGGCGGGGAACCGAUGCUCCUCCCUGUCCGAAGAUGUCGGGGUGAUGGGGAUGCGGCCAGUGGGCAGGCCAGGCCUCGGUAGAUCCGAUCCCCCCCGCGCCGUGAAUGCCCCACAUAGAGGUGAGGAGCCCCGAGGUGUAGAGAGAGAAUGACUGACCAUGUCGGAGACAGCCAUCCGUCACCGGUAAGAGUGAAAUGGCCCGUCUGUACCUUUGAGAGCCGGCUCAUGAGAUGUCGGUGGUUGUUCUUCGAGCUGCUGAUGGGCUCCUCUGCUAAUAGGCUCCGCUUUGUUUCUCUCUCUAAACUCUGAGUCUUGGGCAGAGUCUGCGCAUAGAAAGCUUGUACUUCAACUGGAGGAGGCCAUGGAGGCCCAGCUUGCGGACGCUGAAGCCAGGGUCGCCGCCAUCCAAAAGGCUCGUCCUCUCUCUCUCUCUCUCUCUCGCGAUUUCCCUGAAGACGACCAUGAUGUUUGGGGGUGCCUUCUCUUGCUGGCUGCAGGCAGCGAGGAAGAGGAUGAACGGUCUGAAGGGCGCUCUGAGGGAGUGGUUGACUGACGACGGCGCGUCAAACUAA